AUGGCUUCCCGCCAGCGGCCCGUCGACGCUUUCAAAGUUGCGGCGGCUGCCGCUGCCACAGCCGGCGCGACCGCCUUCGUCACAUCUGCGGGCCAGUCAGUUACCAGCCAGUCCACUGCCCCACGCGCAGGGAUCGCUCCGGCCGUCUCGGCCACGGCCACGAGUGCCCAGUCCUUCUCCGCCCCGUCUCACGCGCUUCCAGCCCUUGCUGGAGCAGCGGUUUUGGCCGGCGGCCGACGGAGAAUGCGCAAGAGGAUGGCCGUGCGGUCUGCAGCCGCUGUUAUGGAGAAGUACACCUCCAUGUGCAAGGACUCCGACCCACCAGAGUCGAUGAGAAGGCGCUUUGAGGCUGUUGUGGCUCAGGCGCAGGAGGACAUUUGCAAGGCCAUCGAGGACUGCGAUGGCGGAGCCAAGUUCUGCAAGGAGCCAUACACACGUGGGGACCGCGGCGGUGGCGGUAUCGCCCGAGUGCUCCGAAAUGGCAACGUCUUUGAGAAAGCCGGGGUCAACCUCAGCGUUGUCUAUGGAGAGAUGCCCGAGUCAGCGCUGAACGCCGCAACCGAGCGAGGAGCUGACCGUGCCGGUGGAAAGCUGAAGCCCGGGCAAAAGGUUCCCUUCUUCGCGUGCGGACUGUCCUCCGUAAUGCAUCCAAAGAAUCCCCACUGUCCCACCAUGCACUUCAACUACCGCUAUUUCGAGACGGAGACAGGACAGUGGUGGUUUGGUGGCGGGACGGACAUCACUCCCUCCUACUUGGACAAGGAUGACAUGAAGCAUUUCCACGGCACCUACAAGGAUGUUUGCGACAAGUACGACCCCGAGUGGUACAGCAAGUUCAAGAAGUGGGCCGACGAGUACUUCCUCAUCCAACAUCGCCAGGAGACCCGCGGUCUGGGUGGCAUCUUCUUUGACGACUUCAACACGGAGGAUCCCGAGACGCACCUGAAGUUCUCCACCGACUGCCUAGCCUCAGUCGCCAAGGCGUAUGUGCCAAUUCUCGAGAAGAACAAGGACAAGGAAUACACCGACGAGCAGAAGCAGUGGCAGCUGGUACGACGGGGUCGCUACGUCGAAUUCAACCUCGUCUACGACCGCGGCACCGUCUUCGGACUCAAGAUGCUCAGCAGUGGCGUAGGCCGCAUUGAAAGCAUCCUGAUGUCCCUGCCAGAGAAUGCCAAGUGGCUCUACGCCCAUGAGCCCGAGGAAGGCUCUCCAGAGGCGGAGAUCAUGGAGGCUUUUAAGACUCCGCAGGAAUGGGUGUGA